AUGACGGUCAAGAUCUACAUCCUCUUCUACUCAACGUAUGGCCACACCUACAAGCUGGCCCUGCAGCAGCAAAAGGGAGUGAAUUCUGUGGAGGGUGUUGAGAGCAUCUUGUACCAGGUUCCCGAGACAUUGCCGCCUGAAAUUUUGGAGAAGAUCCAUGCACCCCCAAAGCCAGAUGUGCCAACCCUGGAGGUGCAGCAACUGCCAGAUGCAGACGGCUUCAUCUUUGGCUUCCCCACAAGGUAUGGGACGAUGCCGGCUCAAUUCAAGGCCUUCUGGGACGGCACAGGCGGCCUGUGGGCAAAGGGGUCGCUGGUGGGCAAGCCUGCCACAAUGUUCACCUCCACUGCCAGCCAGGGCGGCGGCCAAGAGACCACCAUCCUCACAUCGCUGUCCAACUUUGUGCACCACGGAAUGAUCUACGUGCCGCCCGGCUACGCAUUUGGCGCGCCCAUGUACCGCCUGGACGAGGCGAUCACCCUUUAA